GCUGUAACAUACAGUUGAAGAGGAGGAUAGUCAUCAUUAUUAAAGUAACUUCAGCUCACGGUCUGUUUCUCAUAUAGACCAAUCAUGCUGCCGGAGGGAACUGAGCCGACAAACUGUACUCUGUGUUACUGUGCUCUGACCAACAAGAUUUUGAUGGUCGUUUUUAUGGUUAUCUUGAUUUUUGCUAUCUUGUUCGGCAAUUCGGUGACUUUAGCCGUACUGUGCGGGACUAAGCACUUUCAUACGCCCCAGGGAUAUCUGAAAACGUCGCUAGCGGUGGCUGACUUGGCGGUAGGGAUAUGUGUGGUGCCAGUCUCCGUUUACGCAGAGGUGUCGCUUAUGUUGAACAACUCCGCGCCAGAAUGGAUCGUGAACAAUUCACAAGCAACGGCUUUUCACCCGUGCAAUUUAAUUGGCCCCAUUUUCGCUGGCUGCACCUUUGUAUCCAUUACGACUAUAUUUUUCCUUACUAUCGAACGGAGCAUCGCGGUUUUGAGACCGUUGCACAAAGAAUCAGUCAUUACGCGCAAACGGACCACUAUCCUCAUACUCUUCUCAUGGGUGGGAAGUUUCUUUCUGGCAGUGUCUCCGAUGAUUUUCAGCAAUGAAAUUGCCCUCGAAUAUAACCUUUGUAGUAGAAUGUGCAAUUACGCACUAGGCACCAUCGACACGUUUCCUUCCCAGGCAUGGAACAUUCUCCUGCUCUUUCCCGCGUUUGAUUUCACACUCCUUGGUGGAACCGUGGUGAUAAAUAUAAUUUCAUUGUCUAGCAUACGCCAGAACUCAAAGCAGAGAAAACAUCUGGCUGAAAGCGAAUGCCAAAGCGGCUCCAGACCCACUUUCUCAGAUAUCAAGGCUGCCAAAACAAUAGGGACAUUAACGCUGGCUUUUACAGCAUCCUUCACCCCCAUUGCUGUCUUUGUCGUGGGAAAUGUUCUUGGAAACGAAUGGUGCAACUUUUCGCUUUUUGCUUUUUGGAUACUGACUACGAAUAGCUGUUGGAAUGUUAUAAUAUACAGCGUGAGAGACCAGAAGUUUAGGCUGCGCGCGCACAAGCUUUUGAUUCCUUCCCAAAUCAAUAAUGUCACCAAUACCUCAAAAACUGUGGACAUUUUGUCUUAA